AUGUCGGACAACGAAGCCGUCGAAGGGGCUAGUGCCAGUCAACAAAGUUCUAGCCAAGAAUCGGCUCAAUUUAAGGCAACUGAAAUUAAGGGUCUUGCUUGCUUUAACCCCAGGGAUGACCCGAAUACUCUGUCUAUUCGUUGGAAACGUUGGAAGCGAUCAUUUAACUUAUAUUUACGGGCAAAAGGGAUCACAAUGGACUCGCAAAAGGUGGCACUGCUGUUGCAUACUGGGGGCGAUGAUUUUCAAGAAUUAUAUUACACAUUGAUACCUGAGAAUGAAGAAAAGGGCUUUAAGGAAAGUUUUGAAGUGUUAGAUAAUUGUUUUGUGCCAAAAGUGAACAUUCCUUUCGAGAGACACUUGUUUAGACAAAUGUGUCAAGUUGCAGGAGAGACGGUGGAUCAAUUUGUUUGUCGGUUGAGACAGAAAGCUUUCACAUGCGAGUUUGCAGAUGUUGACGAGACAAUAAGAGACCAGCUUAUUGAAAAAUGUAGAAAUACUAAACUUCGUCGAAAGUUUUUGGAGAAAAUUAAUGCAAGUUUGAAAGAUUUGCAGGAUAUUGCAAGAGCACAUGAAGCGGUUGAAAUUCAGAUGAGAUCUUUGGAGCAGUCUGAUUCACAGCAAUCAGAGGACGGUCAAAUAAAUGCAGUCGGUCAAUUCGGCAAGAAAAACCAGAGGGGAAACAAAGAUGGUGUUCAUGGAAACAACACAAGUGGUCGAUAUGGUAGGGGAACAUUUGGUCAAAAAACUGGAACUGAUCAAAGGUGCUUCAACUGUAACCGUGUGGGUCAUUUUGCUCGGGAUACUAUCUGCCCGGCUAGAGAUCAGAGGUGCAAUGAAUGUGGAAUUCGUGGGCAUUUUUCUGCGUGCUGCAGGAAAAAGAAUAGUAAGAUACCACAAGGACGGAAUCAAGAAGAGGACGAGAGCAGAAAGAAGAAAGUGUAUCAGGUAGAUGAUGAAGAGAAUCCAAGAACCAGGGAGGACUAUGCAUUUGUUGUAGGAGAAAACAGAACAGGUGCGGGAGAUUACUCGUAUGAUUGGUGGAGUCCAGCUGGAUGGCGUACUUAUUGACUCUGGUGCUUCAUGUAAUUUGGUUGAUUAUGAAACAUGGACUAAUUUGAAGAAUAAUAAUAUUGAUUGCCAGUCAACAAAGUCCGAGAAGAAGCUGUUCGCCUAUGGCCAGAAAGAACCUAUUGAAGUUGCUGGGACAUUUGUGGCUGAAAUUGUUUGCAAGGCUAGUGGUGAGAAAUCCAUAGAGGAGUUCACAGUAAUAAAGGGUGCCGGGAAACCUUUGCUUGGAAAGAGUACUGCAGAGAAACUUAAAGUGUUGCAUGUUGGUCCCUUUUAUGGUGCUCAAGGAAGUGAUACGGAUAUUCGUAAGGAGUAUGCAGAUACAUUUUUUGGAGUGAGAAAGCUGAAAAAUUAUCAAUUGAAACUGCACAUCAACAAGGAUGUAAAACCAGUGCCACAAGGGGUUCGAAGGCUUCCAUUUGGUCUGCGAGGUAAAGUGGAUGAAAAAUUGGAUGACUUGCUGGCGAAAGAUAUCAUCGAGGAAGUACCGAACAGUCCAACAGAGUGGGUCUCACCUUUGGUGGUGGUGCCAAAACCGGACGGUGAUGUGAGG